AUGAAGUUUGUCCUGUCGGAGGAGGCCGGCGCCCCCGAGUUGCACAAGGACGCCGUCCGCACCGCGGGCUUCGACUACAACAUCCGGACGCUCACCUUCACGAGGCCGCCGCUACUCGCGAGGAUCACCCCCUAUGUCGAGAACUGGGAGACAGAGCGGCGCUGGGGCGCUGGCCUGGUCCAGUUCAUCGGCGCAUCCUAUGUCGACUGCCGCGAUAAGCCCCUUGUCUCGGGAAGGAGACGGACCUUUCCGCGGGCGAUGCGACUAUCGUGGAAGCUGGCCUUCCUCUCCAGCGCUGCCUCGGCGUCACUGCCUCUACCGCUUGGUGCUGUAUCUCCCCCGAUAUUCUAA